AUGGUGUCGAUGCGAACACUGACUUGGACAUUUAUACUAAUGCAGCUGGUGAUUUCGUGUGCCUGCUUCAUCGCCUCCCUUGCAAUAAUCAGUGCGAAAUUCAACUCAGUAUCGAUGUACGAAGAGAAACAGUAUGUUAGUUUCGAAUGGUGGAUAUUCUGUGGUCUGAGCUUCUCAAUGAUAAUUAAUACAGUGGCAGCAAUGUACGCGUUGUCAGAGCACAACCGGUUUCUUCUGAUUCCUCAUAUUUUUGUAUUGAUUUUGUGCAACACACUCGCCUGUUACGUUUUACAUUAUACUGUUUCGAACUUUGAUUCAACGGAUUUUAAUUGGCAUAUUGGUCUGAUGACAAUUAUUUUCACAGAAAGUUUCCUCCUCUCGUGUUUGGUUUUCGAAAUACGGACGUUGCGAUCGAUGACCUAG